CCUCCGCCCGGCGCCUUAAAAGCCCGCUCGGGCCGGCACAGCCUCCCGUCCCGGCGGAGCGUCGCUGCCGUACCCCACCCGCGAAGCCCGGGCUCGCUGGGAGCCCCCGCCGGCCGGGCAGGAUGGUGGUGUGCGGCCUCGCCUGCUGGAGGUGCAGGUGGCUCCUGCCCCUGCUGCUGGGCCUGGCCAUCAUCAUGGGCAUCAUCGCCCUGGCCGGCCGGGGCUGGCUGGAGUCCGAGUCGGCGCCCUACGUGCAGCAAGCGUCGCUGUGGGAGAGCUGCACGCGGGGCGAGGAGGACCUCAACUGGAGCUGCGAGUCCCUCAUGGACUACGGAUGGGGGAGAGCAGCAGCUGCCACCUAUCUUGUUGGCUUUGUGAUCCUUGUCAUCUGUUUCGCCCUCGCAGUCAUCGCAUUCUCAAUUGAGAUACUCCGUUUCAACUUUGUGCGAGGAAUCGGAGGCUUGCUCUUUGUUGUUGCUGCGUUCCAGAUCAUAGGCUUGGUCAUCUACCCAGUGAAAUUCACAGAAGAAAUUCCACUGACAGGAGAUAAUAUGUUCAGCUGGGCCUAUGGCUUUGGUUGGGCCAGCACUGUUGUUGCAAUAGGUUGUGCUUUCUUCUUCUGCUGUCUCCCCAACUGGGAAGAUGAAGUCCUGGGAAACAUCAAGCCUACCUAUUACUACUCUUCCCCAGAGAGAGCACCAUACUUAAAUUGAAAGAUUAAAUCCAAGUACAAUCCACUGUCAAAGCAACAGAGGAGCACCUCUGAUGUAAAUUUGGUGCAAUUGUAAGACACUGAAAAACCACCUUUUUCUCCAGAUCAUUCCUUAUUAGCCCUGGCAAUAAAUUAGCAAAAAUACUGGUAUCUUUAAGCAACUAGCUUUUACCUAAAGUAUUAUUUACAUAUGCUCAUGUCGAUAUCUAUUUGGGUGGUUUACUUCUACUUCCCCUCCCAAUUUGAGUCAUCCUUAUUUUAUUCAAACAUUUGCAUAUGAAUAUAGUGUUUCAAGGGCAGAAAGGAAGAGAUUUUAAACAACCCAUUAGAGGAACCUGUAAGUUAUUUUGUUUUCACCUCUGACAAAAUUGUUUUAAAUGGAACUAGAAAAAAACCCAACCUUCCAAAGAGUGCCUUUUCUUCCACCAGAGUUAGUCCAAAGGAAGGAACCUCCCUGAGACUAUUGUAGUCACCUGCUGCCUGAGUCUCUUCUGAUUCCUGUUACUGGACUAUUGUUGACUAUUAGCUAUUUGAAUUAAGUGAGAAGUAAAAAUAAAAUUUAUUUUCCAUCAGUUGGUGAUGUUGGAUGAAGAUCUCCUCUGAAACAUGGAGCUGGUGUGUGUAACAGUGGCUAAUGUAACGCUUACUGGUGUUUUUGUGGCCACUGCAGGACUUGUGAUGGAGCCACAUAUAAUUUAAUAUACAUUGUCACAGAGAGAAUCAAUAAGCUUUCAGAUGUUAAACUACAUAUAUUUUUAUAUGGUAUUUGAGGGAUGCUGAUUUAGAAAAUGUCUUUGAGUAGAAGCAUACACUGUUCUUUGUCUGUCUUAACUUCACUGUUUUAUCAGCUGUGCUUUGGAGGAAAAUCUUAGCAGGUGUUGAAAACCUCCAAAAGUUUCUAAAGCACAUUCUAGGUACUCCAGAGUUUAGUAAACUCAGGGAUGCUUUGUGAGUCACUAGGGAUAACAGGUCAAAAUAGAAAAGCAGUUCUGUGAGCAAUCUACAUAUGCAAACUUCAUAGAGACACCCAUCUCAGAGUAAUCUGGCUGGAUCCUGGCUUGUGUUUCUGGAGCCAGUAAUUCCAAUCAAGUAUUCCAGCGAGGCAGAGCCAUGUCUGUGUUGGUCAUGGACCUGCAGCAGCUUACAGCAGGUUUAAUUAUGGUCUAUAUUCUUUGUCAAAGCUUUCCUCAGCUGGGAAAGAAGGAAGAGGCUCAUUUGUGGAGCUUGCCUUCCAGCUAUAGCUUGUAGCUGAGACAAAUUUCUGAGGGGGGUACAGGUAGGGUGGAAAGCAAAUGCUGCAUGUCACUCUGCGUAAUGAGCAGCUAGGGACUUACUUCUUACUAUCAUGAACGCAGUACUUAGGGGAAGUGUAUGAGUGUAUGUAUUCAUGCACAUGUACAAGAUAGAACUUAAAAAGCAUUAACCAGCAUACUGUAAAACUGAAGUAAUUUAGAACUAAGCUUUUUCAAUGCCCAAUAUUUCUUGUAUUAUAUAUUGUAUAGCUAUCUGUUUUGUAACACCUUUAUAAUUUAGUAAUUAUAUAUAUUGCAUGUGAUCCGGUUUUGAAAAGGCCAGGUGACCACUGAAGGUCUUUUCCAGGCCAUUUUCAACUUCACAAAAUCUGCAGACUUCAGAACUGUGUUACAAGCUCAGUCACAGCGUAUACAAUCAACUGUAUUUAUGAUUCAUGCUGAAGAAGAGAAUCCUGUGGCAAAUGUGUCUUUUUUUCUUUUUUUUUUUUUUUCCUUUUCUCUACAGUAUGGGCUGGUGGGGACUACUGUGUAGACUUACUUGUAUCAUGAGCAAUAAUAGUACCUAUUUUCUAGUGAUUUCAAAACGCAGCAGAGAAUCCCAAGCCCAGAAAAUCCUUGCACAGCUAAAGCUGAGAAGGAGAAAAGAUGUAAGAAAAUGGACACCCUUCCUAAUGAGAGGGAGGAUGGUAUGGCAAUAGGGUUUAGCAGAACUUAAGUCUUUUGUAUGUGUUUUUUAAUAAACAUUGUCAUAACUUGUCAAAAAAGCACAAAUGAAAAAUAAACUUGGCUCUGAAUGUACUGGGAGGGGUAGAAGCAUAACCAGAAUGUUACACAAUUGAGAUGUUUGGGAGAAAGCUAUUGCAAAUAGUCAUUAAUUACUCUCAAGUGAUACUAAUGUAUGUGGCACUCCUUUCAAAUGUGGUGGUUUAAUUAAAACUGUUUUAACUGA